AUGUCCAGCUCCGGAAAGGACUUCAGCUACAAGGGCUCCGGAACCAACAGCCAGGUAAGUGCCAUCGCCUACCGCAUUGACGGAUCCUACUACUACUCCAACCCCAAUGGAAGCACCUACUACAACAACGGAAACGGUGGUUCGACCUAUACUCCUCCCAGCGGAAACGGUGGCUCGACCGGAAAGAAAUAA